AACCGAAAGUAAAGUGGCCCUGGCUUUUGGGAACAAAAUAUCAUAAAUGGCGGAGUCCCUAACAGGACCCCCUGGUGCUAAUCCUGUGGAUGACACAUUCCGCUGUCCGAUAUGUCUAGAAGAGGUGAGAAAUCCAAAGUACUUGCCAUGUUUCCAUACGUUUUGUGAGACUUGCAUUCAAACAUACAUUUCAAGUACGGUAGCACGUAAGGAUAACGAAACUCUGAAAGCCAUCGAGUGUCCCGUGUGCAGAAAACGUAUCGAAGCUCCAAUUAAUGACAUUACAAGCGAGGAGUGGGCGCUUGCUUUGCCACAAAACAAACUGAUUGUGAGCAUGUCGGUAGAUCCUAAGAAAGAGGAACAAAAAUUCUGCAUGUUUUGCAAACGGAAUAACAAAAGCGUUACUGCGAAGCAUUGGUGCAAAUCAUGCAUAGAAUCGAUCUACGAUGAUUGUAAAUGUUUUCAUUCGUAUGUUCCCAUUCUUCAGGGACAUAAAAUCAUAAGCUUGUCUGAUACCUUGGGGUUGAAGAAUGACAUAGACAAACUCUGCUGCAGCAUCUGUUUUGCGACCGAACAUAGAAAGUGUGAGCAAGUACAGGCCAUUGAAGAUGUAGCAGUAGAGAUGGAUGAAGACAGAGUUCAAAAUAAACUGACAUUGUUUAAGGAUCUGCUGGAAAGUCUUGAAAAUUUGCAGGAGGAAUACAGCGAUAAAGUAACCACACUAAACAGCAGAAAACAGGAAAUCGUCUCAAGCGCUGAAAAGAAAGUUGAGGAAAUAAAAUUGCAGAUAGACAAGGCACAUGCACAGUGGUUAAAGAGAUUUGAGCAGAAACACACAGAUUCUGUUGAAAACAUUGAGAUUGCUUCUGACGAGAUUAAAUGGUUCGUGACUACAAUACGAGAUGCAAAAACCGUGCUACAAACAGUGCAAGAAAAUGGAUCUACCAAACAGAUUUUCGUCACUAGUCACACAUUGGGGGUUCAGAUUUCGGAGCACUUCGAUCGGUUACGGGCUUUGAAUAUCUGGGACUUUAUCCAGGAUUAUAGUCAUCAGAACACAGAUUUCCUUCGUCAGAUCUGUAACCAUGGAUCGUUUCAGGGUGUCAGUGCUUCUGAAACGCGAUCUAAAACCUUACAGAAAAUUUUCACAUUUGCCUCAUUACUGUCAGACAAAACGGGCAUUGCACGUAGGAGAGAAGAGAUGUGCCGUAAAGAUUGGAUGAAAGUUAACUUUGAAAAAAUAUCAGAAAUGAAUCUGCCCACAGAAGUUUAUUAUGGCUUAUUUGUAAGUGAUACAAAAGUCAUUAUGUCAAUAGAGAGCCCUCCGUCACUAAAGGUUUAUGAUAUCUCUGAUACUGUUGGUGAGUGUGUCCAUACUCAAUCUUGUCAGGCCACUCCGUACGGUCUCUGUCAAUCAGGGGACUGCAUGGAUAUAGUCUACGUCUCUUUUGAAGACCAUGUUGAUUAUUAUCAGAUCAAAGUAUCAGAAAGUGUAACAUUUACCAAACUCGGUACCUUUCAACUGAAGGAACCGAUGUUGGCCAUUUCUUAUGGAACAGCAGCAGUCUCCUCCGUUAAUGACUCCAAGAGAAUGAUUUGUUCAUCUGACUUUUCCGUCAUCAAUCACAGUUCAUCGUACAGUAAAAGUGAAGAUAGACCGUUUGUGUCAUCUUCAUCACGAUCAGAUCGACAUUGUUUCGUAAGAGAAUCAGAAGUAGUCGUUGUGGACCAAAACAACAAUAAGAUAUUUCAGAGUUCUGUCGCUGGUGAUUAUCUGCGAGGAUUAACGUUUGACUUACAAGAUAAUAUUUUGAUUUGCUUGUGGAAUUCCAAAAUAAAGCAAAUAAGAAAUGGAGGGACCGAGAGUAGGGACAUUGAAUUGCCUGACAUUAAGGAUACCUACAACGUUGUACUUCAUCCUACAGGGGAGAAGAUGUUGGUGCUGGACUACUACAAUAAAUGUUGUGUUUACAAAGUAUCAUAAAAUUAUUUCUCCUGUGAAACAAAACUUCAUGUUUCCAAUUUAUAACUGGUUUUUGUGUUUUUAUUUUCAAUUUGGCAUAACAAAUAAAGGGGGGAGGGAGUUUGCCUUGUUAAUGGAAGUCUAGUUGGGAGAGUAUAAUGCAUGUUUUGUUCAAUAGUUUGCUUCCAAUAUUUAGUUAAUUACACACUUUGUGUUAUUUUUAUUAUUGUGCACGUAGAUUUUAAUUACUUUUCUUGAAAUAAAUACAUAAUCAUCCA